AUGAGCACCUACUCGACUGCACCUGUGCUGGCAUGUAAUGCGAGCGUCAUACCAUUCCCUGCACUUUGCUAUAACCACCCAUCCACCACUGUUCGAAACAUCGACUUCUGUAACAUCACAAUCACCUAUACGCAUCCUGGCCAUCACGAUACAAUCAAAGUAGAGGCAUGGCUUCCAACGAAGACUUGGAAUGGACGGCUGCAGGCCGCUGGCGGUGGCGGAUGGGUUGCGGGCCGCUUCCCACUGACGGACAUCGGAGUGGCUGGUGCAGUCGGUGAAAGCUAUAUUGCAACAACCAGUGAUGCUGGGAUUGGAUUGAGCUAUGUACUAGAUCCCUGGGCAUUGACGAGCCCAGGGAACAUCAACUUGUAUGAUCUGCAAGACUCCGCGUUUGUAGCACUGAACAACCAGGCUCUGCUCGCCAAAAACCUCAUCAAAGACUUCUACGGCCGACCGGCGGAUUUUUCAUACUGGACUGGCUGCUCGCAAGGUGGCAGACAAGGCUUUACGCUUGCUCAGCGGUAUCCAUACGCAAAUGAUGGCAUCGCGGCAGCAGCGCCGGCAUUCAACUGGGCACAGUUUGUCCCUGCGGUAUCCUGGGCACAAACUGUGAUGACCACCACCGGUCAAUAUCCACCGAAGUACGAGAUCGAUGUACUGACUGACGCCGUAGUCGCUGCUUGCGAUCCACUAGACGGCGUUGCAUAUGAUCUCAUCAGCGAUGUCUCGAAGUGCACUUUCGAUCCCUUCACGCUGGCCGGAAAGUCCGCACACUGCGCUUCCACGAAUAUAACAACCAUGAUCAGCAAUACUGCCGCUACAAUCGCAAACCUAACAUGGACAGGUCCUCAGCAAUCCAACGGGCACUUCCUUUGGUACGGUGUGAACUACCAAGCGCGUCUCGCCGCCUCAGACGCACAGUCAGGCACUACAUCAGACCUUGGUUACACCUCCACGUCGUGUGAUGCGAACGGUACGUGCAUUGAUCUGCCGACAGGACUCGGCGAACUUCAUAAAGAAGCAUCCAGAAUGGAACUACACCCAGAUUCAAAGCGAGGAAGAUUAUACACGUCCGUUCCAUGCUAG